AUGGUUGUGCUUGCUGUUUCAAUUACCACUCGUAGUGGUAAACCAUUACUGUCAAGGCAAUUUAGAGAUAUAACUAAAGAUCGUGUAACCGAGUUACUAUCCAAUUUCCAAGGACUAGUGGCAAAUUCUUCUUCUCAGCACACUUUUGUUGAAGACGAGCACAUUCGAUAUGUAUACAAGCCAUUUGAUGACUAUUACAUCAUUUUAAUUACAAACCGUCAAUCGAAUAUCAUUCAAGACUUGGAUACUUUGAAAAUAUUUUCCCAGACCAUGAAUUCUUACUUGAACAGUUUUGAUGAGUCCGAAAUUUUCGAUAAUGCAUUCGAAAUCUUAAGUUCUUUUGAUGAAGUUAUUGCAAUGGGUUAUAAGGAAAACUUAUCCAUUACCCAAAUCAACACAUAUCUAUCUAUGGAAUCACAUGAGGAAAAGAUUCAAGAGAUUAUCGAGCGCAACAAGGAAUUUGAGGCUGCAGAGGAAAGAAAACGCCGUGCAAAGGAAAUAUCAAGAAGAGAACAGGAGAGAAAAAUGGGCGUGCCAUUAGGUGCUAUUGAUGAUUCUGCCAGAUUCCACUCUUCGAAUGACCCCAAUUUGUCAAACGCGUACAACAGUUACUAUAGUCAUGCCUCUCCAGCUGCACAACAGUCCUAUUACCAAUCACAACAUAAGCCCUCUGCUGCAACAGAACAGGCGAACGUACUUUCACCACAGGUCACACCACAAGGUCCAGGUAGCAGAGGCAUGAAGCUUGGAGGAAGGAAAAACCUCCCAGCUUCAAAUCUUCCUCGUCAAUCGUUCAAGUCUUCUCCCACACCCCAGGCAAGCUUCCAAAUUCCGGAGCCUGAAAAACCCUUGAAUAAUGGGAUUCUCGUAAGUGUGAAAGAGUCAGUAAGUGCUGAAAUCGGUAGAGAUGGUACAGUUGCGACAUCAGAGCUUAAGGGUAGUCUUGAGUUGCGUAUCAAUGACCAGGAGCUUGCUCAUGGAAAAAUUAUUUUGGAAUCUAACGUAAACCCUAAGGAUAAAUCACUGCAAUUCAAAACACAUCCAAAUAUUGAUAAGAACUUAUUUUUGUCCUCCAGCGUCAUUAGCUUAAGGGAUCAAAAGAAAGCCUUCCCAUUCAACGAUCAGAGUCUGGCCGUUUUGAGAUGGCGUAAAGUGGGCUCUGCUGAUGACACAAGCCUGAUCCCACUCGAUAUUUCUACUUGGGUGUCCCCAUCUGAUUCCGAUGAAGGAGUUUUUGAAGUUACAUUGGAAUUUGAGGUUAAUGGUAAUUACAAUAGUGACAUUGAAAAUUUACGAUUCAUCAUCCCGGUUUUUACAGAAAAUGUUCGCAUUAAUGAUGAUGCUAACGAUACUAAUGCCGAAAUUGAGUUCAUUGAUGAAGAAAAUGGUAUUGUUAUUAAAACAGGGCCCGUCUCUCCGGGCACCUCCAAUGUUAUUGGACUCAUUGUCGAGGCUGGUUUCGAAGACGCUCUCUUUCCAAUAAGUGUUCUUUUCAACAGUUCCAGUGGCCAAUCGUCCAUUUCGGGUGUUCGUGUUAAAAGCGUUGCCAGUUCUCAAGACGAGGGGGUUGAUUUUCCUUUUGAUGCUAUCAAUACCUUAAAGGCUGAUGAGUACGUUGUCGUGUAG